UUGCAAUCAUCUGUGUGUCGAGUGCCUCCUUCUCGUUCUCGUUGUCUACCAUCUCUGUGUCUGAAUUUGCAAAAAAAAUUCCAUUUUGGCGGGAAAGAUGUCUGGAAAAGGGGCAAAAGGUUUGAUUAUGGGAAAGGCCUCCGCCAGUAACAAAGAUAAGGACAAGAAGAAACCAAUCUCUCGCUCCUCCCGAGCCGGCCUUCAGUUCCCUGUGGGUCGGAUACACCGUCUUUUGAAGUCAAGGACUACUGCACAUGGGAGAGUUGGAGCUACUGCUGCUGUGUAUUCAGCUGCUAUUUUGGAGUAUUUGACUGCAGAGGUGUUGGAGUUGGCUGGAAAUGCAAGCAAAGAUCUCAAGGUGAAACGUAUAACUCCCAGGCAUUUGCAGCUUGCAAUCCGUGGUGAUGAGGAACUUGAUACCUUGAUCAAAGGGACCAUUGCUGGUGGGGGUGUCAUCCCUCACAUCCAUAAAUCACUCAUCAACAAGUCAACCAAGGACUAGUUUCAAAUGGAUUAUGGCUGCAUAUAUUUGUCAGUCUCAACUCAAAAUGUGGGAACAGCCGAACAGAUUCCUCAUCCUCUGAUUAAAUUUAUGGAUUUUUCACUCCAGCUGUUAAGUGGGAUCAUACAUUUAUCUGUUUUAUUCUUAUGCUUGAUCUUUGGUUGCUGAACCUGGUAUUCUGUUUAUGACAUAUGUUGUGGAUAAUGACAUUCUCUAACAAGUUUAAUAUUUCUAUGGUACAGAAAGGUUGUCAUGAAUAGUCACA